AUGGAAAUCUUAGCUAGCAUUUAUGGUGAAUCCAGCGAUCCAGAUCAACGAUAUCAAGCAAAAGAAUAUUUGGAAAAAGUGACACAACACGAUCCAAACGAUAUCGAUUCAUGGAUUCAAUUGACUGAAAUCCUCGAAGGAGUUGAUUUACAAGCGUCUGUCCAUAUUGUGUCAAUGAGUAAUGAUAACGAUUCAGAAAAUACUCUAAAGGCGUACAUGUUUGCGAGAGAAAACGAGAAAUAUCAUGAUGGUAUAAAGAUUUUGACAAAUAUCAUUGACAAGUCGACAGAUAAAAAUGAAAUUAUUCUCUAUUUGAAACACAGAAUUCGAGAUGCAUUUGAACUCGAAGAUUUUAAAAUGGUUAUUCAAGAUUGUCAAAAACUGAAUGAUGUUGGGUAUGAAUUGGAUGACGACAAACGUCUUUUAAUGUUAUUAUUCGAAGCGGAAUACAAAAAGAACCAGGAGCAGAUGGUCGAGAAAUUAAAACAAACAGCUAUCAAAUGUACGUAUACACUCGAUUAA